AUGCAGCUCUUCCGCGAGGGCAUGGAGGUCAACCUGUUCAGCGCCGUGGAGUUGGUAUCGCUGGUGCUGCCCCACAUGCGUGACCAGAAGUGGGGACGCAUCAUCAGCAUCUCGUCCAUCUAUGGACGCGAGUACGGUGGUUCGGUGGACUACAUGACCGCCAAGGCCGGCCUGAUCGCCUUCUCCAAGCAUCUGGCCCUGAACCUCGCCCCCGAGAACGUGCUGGUCAACUGCAUCGCCCCGGGCUCCAUCGACUUUCCGGGCAGCACCUGGGACCGGUUCCAGCAGAACAACACGCCGGAAGUCGUCGACGAGUUCAUCUCCCGCAACCUUCCGGCCGGCAAGUUCGGCUGGCCCGAGCCCAUCGGCGAGACCGUCGCCUUCCUCGCAUCGGAGCGCGCCGACCUCAUAACCGGCACCUGCCUCAACGUCGAUGGCGGCCAGUCCCGCUCGCUGUUCUAA